CUCAUGUUUUACCUCGAAAACCCCGACUGUCGAGAGAAAGCUUCGUCGGUUCUUUAGACAUUAGUGAGCACAUAAAGAUGCCAUAAUGGCUUACUGUCCAGACAGAGCGUCACCACUGUGCUCAAGGUCUUUACAAACUCUCACAGGUCCUGCAGUCACAAGAACCGAAGUUGUCAUUGUACAGCAGCCUGUAUCUGUGUGUGUUCCACAAAACUAUCCAGUGACACUAAGCGUUUGUGCAGUAGGCACAGGCCCUUUAAGGUACCAGUGGUUUAAUGGUCAAGACGAAGAGCUGGCAGAUGGCAAAAAACCCAACCUCCAUGUGUUUCUUCAAAGAUCAGAGAUUUACAUUUGCAGAGUGAGCGACUUGUACGGCACAUGUGUGUUCUCAGAGUGGGUCAAAGUGAAGGUCUUGAACAUAGCAGUAUGUGUCCCAGUAGAAUGGAGAGGAGAGCCGUAUAUUGUGAUUCAUCCCCAAUUACAUCAGACUGUAAAGUGUGGGGACACAUUUACACUAAAAUGCGUAGCUAUCAGCAUGCCUUCCCCACAGUACCAGUGGUACCACAAUGGCCACCUCUUACCAGAAGAAAAGGCAGAAACACUUAAGAUAACAAGUGCAAAUGCAGACAAUGCUGGCUCAUACCUCUGUGCUGUUUCCAAUGUGCUGGAGGAAAGAUGGUCAGAAGCAGCAGAGGUUGAGAUUGCAACCCCUGAUAAGCUUGCUGUACCCAGACUCACAGCAACAGAUAAAGUGGCGCUGCUAAUUGGAAACCUAAACUACACCAAUCAUCCGCGGUUAAUGGCUCCAAUUAUGGAUGUCCAUGAACUGGCAAACCUGCUGCAGCAGCUUGGUUUUCGUGUUGUGUCCCUGCUGGACCUUACACUUCAGGAGAUGCAGACAGCAAUUGACAAGUACCUAGAACUUCUGAACUGUGGAGUCUAUGCUGUGUUUUACUAUGCCGGUCAUGGAUAUGAACACAUGGGCAGGAACUAUCUAGUGGCCAUCGACGCUCCACGACCCUAUCAAACAAAAAAUUGUGUUUGUGUCCAGAGGGUCAUGCGAAACAUGCAGGAAAGACGAGCAUUGCUUAAUGUCAUUCUGCUGGACACCUGCAGAAAAUGGUACAAACAGAGGGGUCCAGCUUCUGAGAUAAAGCCAGUUGCACCUGUGGGCAAUACCGUUUAUGGAUAUGCUACGACUGAGGAUGCUGAGGCUUUUGAGGUUCAGGAUGGAGGUAGAAGCACUGGAAUUUUUACUAAAUACCUUAACAAACACAUCCUACAGCCACUGAAGGUUACCCAUAUCUUGGAGCAGGUCUCUGAGGAUCUUGGUAAAGACCAGCUGGUGCGUGGCAGGCAGGUUGUAGAGAUCAAACACACACUAAAGGAACCACGGGCCCUCACUGAUCCAGUAGGUACAGCCGGGCACACUGUAGAGCUCCGACGUCGAGAUGUCUGCUGGAAACAGGCUAAUGUUCUACCAGACCGGAAGCUUCUGGAUUUUUCAUGUGGGGUCCAAGUGGAGCUUAGUUUUUCUGCUCUGUUCUCCAAUGUUAUGCUUGUGUUCGGCACAGUGAAGAAAACUGGCCCAGUAGCUCAGGACUGCACUGUGGAGCUUCGCAGUAUACUACCGAUGGAUGACAUUUUCUCAGGUCCUGAUCAGUCUGAUGAGAUGAAUUCCCUAUUGCUGAGCAAAGCUAAAAAUCCAGACUGCAGCCUAAGACUGUGCUGCCUUCAAAAACUUGAGAGAUCAUUGGUGAUUCAGGUAGAUCUGCGUUACACCAACGUAGACAGAAAGCUGCGACUGAGUGAGCGGAGAGAGGUAGAUGUAGGUCGGCCUCUCAUAGCUUCCUGGAAAUUCAGUCAGAGUAAACCAGAAGCUUUACAUCAUACCAUGUGUCAUGUGACUGAAAACAUAAAGCCUUCUCACCAAGCUGUUCACGCUGGACGACCAAGCAGUCGCAAAGCAGAAAAUGUCUGCUCUAGCUUAGCCAAAGAGUUCUCAUUUAGCACUAAUGAACCUGAGGAAAAUGAUGAAAAUGACUGAAAUAAAUUCACAUCUUUAUAAAAGUUUCACAUUUGUGUUGAUAGAUAAAUACAUGGUUAAAAUGCAGCCGCUCUAAUGAAUAAAUAAUAAGAGAGAAGAUGGGAAAUAGUAAUGUUAUUUUUAUUUUUUACUUUCACUUGGACCAGUCUUUGUUGUUGCACGUGUAUCUAUUUGGUGCUUAAUUUCUGGUACAUCAUAACAGAGACUGAUCUAUAAAUGACCAAAUACACACAUCAUGGCACUGCAAUCUUUUUUAAGAUUCAUGGCCAAGCGUUAUUUAAUCUGAGUUGCUGCUAAUCAGGAUAUCAUGUUAUCUUAUCUAAAAUCUUAUUUGAAUGUGUUCUACAGAAUUGUUUGACCUGCUCCAUCUCAGUUGUCAGGACUAAGCAAAUGUAAAAUACAAAAAUUCCAUUGUCUUAAAAGCAACAUACAUCCAAGAGAAAAAGAAAUUACACGCUUUCUCAAUUCUAGGACUUUAUUCAUCAGGGCCUAAUCAGACAACAACAGAUUUCAACAUGUACGUUUUAAAAAGUAAGCCAAUAAACAAAGGUAAACCUUGGUAAAGGUAAAAUUUGGAGAUAAAAGUGCCUGCAUUUCUUUCUAUUUGUGGUUCAGUGCCAAAGCAGCUCGUUGUUCCCAAAUUUUUAAGGUUCUUUGCUAGAACCAUUAAAUAAGAUACCCACGUGUCUUUCUGUUGUGAGUCGGCCAGUUCCAUUUCAACGCCCAACUCCUAAAAAAGCAUCAAAGUUGAGGGUGGUUAUGUCGACCUCAAGUAGUUAAAGAUAAAGGACAGCAUGUUUUUGUCAGACAAUGUUUUGUUGGUUUAUUUUUUGGAAACAAAUGACUACAUGUUAAACUCUGUUGUAUUUUCUGCUCUCAUCCAAGGUUAUUUGUUUGUUUCCAAAAGUUGGCGAGGACUACACAAUUGUUAUUUGUAAAUAAAAACAUACGAGGGUGGGCUUUUCCAUAUUAUUCUGUUACAUCAAAACUUCAAAAAUAACACAUGAAAACAAUGUCAUGUAAAAGUUUGAACACCCCUGAUCUUGCAAGCUGAAGUCUUUAUAAGUAAAAUGUCAUUUUAUUGCUAAAAUAAUGUUUUAUUAUUUGUUAAAUUCAAAUAAGAAACUGCAGUAAUGUUUGAUGGAAGUCAUAUUUAGAGGAUGUGGUAACUUUAACUUGAAAAUCAACAGCACAUGGAAUGUGUUGGCUGACAAAACUACCAUGUAUAUAUUGUGCUUGUUUUGAAAAGGUUAAAAUGGUCUGAUUAGUCCUGCAGGCAACAAGUUCUCAGUUUGUAGAAACACACAUCCAAAUGCAUUAUUUGUACGAGCUUUUUUAUUAUCUGUAAUAAUCUGAUUGUUUGGAGGACAACUGCGUAACAUAUCUUUCUUUGAUGACAUAAUCAAUUCAGUAACUGGUUUGAAUUAAUAGUUUUAAAAAAAUUAAACCUAAUUUCAAACACCUUGCCUUGUACUUUAACUGCAAUAUUGCUAAUGGCUA